AUCCAUUACUCCCAUACUUCAGUUCAUGCAUUGUUUGCAAAUUUAAUCCGUAGUUGUGCCGUGCGGCCUGUGUCUCAUUAAUUUGGUUACGUCGGAAGUUUACCCUUCAUGUUUUGAGUUGUUCUAGUUACGACCGGAAUUGAACAAAUACUUCCUUGCUUGUGUCCAUUCCCAACUCCCACCACUUUCCAUUGAUUUUCCAUGAUCUCAUCUCUCUCAAGGAUUGCCUCCGGAGUUGUCUGCAAUAUUUGAGAUCUCCUACUUUUAUAUCCAAGGACGACCUCCUAAGUUCACCAGAAGCAUGACAUGUCUGUGGUGACAGCAGCAAGGAGCUAAAAAAGAGCCAUUCUUGGAUGCGCACAUUCUUCUAGCCUUGCCUUGUUAUGUCUUUCACGAAGUUGGCAAUCCAUCUGUAAAUGCCUCCAUGUACAUAAACUGCCUACUUUGCAGGCCUCUGCAUGGAGUCGCAAAUUCUUCUGCCCUUGCAUUCACACAUAGUGUGUGCUUCAUGUCCUUGGGUGGUAUCACCUCCCUGUGCAGAUAUGGGAUCUGUCCUGGACUUGGGCUUUCUCAUAGCCUUGUAGAAAUCUCUUCAUUCUUCUGGCAAAAAAAAAAGAAAAAGAAGAAAAAGAAGAAAAAAAGAAGAAAAGAAAAAAGAAAGCAAAAAAGAAAAAAGAGAAAAAAGGACAAAGGAAAAAAGAAAAAGGAAAAAAGAAAAGGAAAGAAAAAAAAAGAAGUUUUUUACCUAAAAAAUCCAAACAUUCAAAGUUAACACAUAUUGUUUUGUGGUAUCUUUAAAAUGGGUAGUUGUGUCACUGUAUGAUGUUCUUUCAAGAAAAAAAGGUAGCGGCAUUGUUCGAUUUCGAGUUCCAAACUUUCUUACUCAGAAAUAGGACCUGUUGCCUGAUAGUUGUGUUUAAAAUUAGGAAACCAACAAGGGAGUAUUAGGUUCUUGUAAAAGAAAAGAAAAGAAAGGAAAAGAGGAAACACGCGAACCAAAAGAAAGAAGAGUAAAACAGGGGAAAUAGUAGCAGACUCCUUUGGGCUGGAUUAAUGAAGUAUGCACCCUGCAGCAUGUUAGACUGGACCUGAAUUAAUAAGAUCAGCCUCCUUAGAAGCAAAAGUAUGUGCAGAAGUUGUGGUUAGUUCAGGUUGUCUUCUGCCACUGCAAUGGCCAUAAAAGUAACGGUACUGUCCGGUGAAUGCAAUCUGUUCCAAGCACUUUUGUACCACAGCCAGGAUUAUAUGUUUCUUGAACUGCAUGUGCACAAUGUGAACUGAAACAUCUUCAGCUUAGACUAUCCGAUCCACCCGUAAAAAAAAACUAUCCGAUGAAUCGGAAAAUGCUGCCAUGAAUAUACUACCAGACCAAAAUACUCCUUCAGAUGAAAGUAACAGUAUUGUUCGGUGAAUGCAAUCUGUUCCAGGCGCUUUUGUAACAAAGCCAGGAUUAUAUAAUUCUUGAACUGCAUGGUACACAAUGUGACCCGAAUCAUCUUCAGCUUGGACUAGUUUAAUCAUCAAUCGGGAAAUGCGGCCAUGAAUAUGCGAUCAAGCCAAAACCUUCCUUCAUAUGAUAAAACAUGGAAGGUACCGGCGAAAUGGUUGGCAUUUUCUUCACAAAAGGAAAAUGCUGCCCAUCUGGUUUGCAUGGCGUCUUCAGUGUCUCACUCUGGAAAUCCUACUCUGCUGGGUUCUCUUGAGAAAGGGAAACAAAGGGAAAAUGUGAAAAAACCUAAAAAGGGAAGAAAGAGAAGUGGGGAAUAUAACAUAUAAAAGCAACUCUCCAUCUGCCCACACUUUGCACAAGUGGGCUGAGAUGUGCGAAAUGCAGAGAGCCGAAGACCCAUCCCUCAACCAAAACCCCUGUGGCUCCAUGCUGUGGCGGUGUAGAGAAUCGUCAGAAGUUUGGCAUGCUGGCGAAGGGUGUUGGGUGAGUAGCGGCGAUGCCAACGACUUGGUAGUGAGCGAUCCAUGGCGGCGGUGAAGGAAGAGCAUAGAGGUGACAUUCCUGUUUGGUCUGAGUCCGUGUUACCCCCCUUAAAGUUGAAGCCACAUCCAGUGACAUGGACUUCAGAUAUCCUUGCUGGUCAGGGGUGCUCGAUAGAAGACACAGUCAACAGAGUGCUUCUUGAUGUAGACUUUGGUACUAGAUGAAGAACAGGUUCAUCCGGGGUAUUCGGUGGUCAGUUCAUCGCAGCUAGAAGCACAAAGGUGUGUUCUGGUGCGCGGAUGCGUGAGCGUGCGGGGAUGGAUGGUGUACAAUGGCUAAAAAUGGUUAUAAUAGGAGGAGGAGCUGAUGGCAAUGAAGGAGAUGGUUCUGGAAGUCAGUCCCUUUGUCGAAGGACAAAGCGUGCUGCUAAUCGCCAGCCACGCCCAAAACGUACUGUUGAGGAGGGAGAGGAAGUUGAGGAUGUUGAUCGGUUUCGGGUUGUAAAGCGGACUAAACGUGCAGCAGCAGCAGGGCGAGCUGAAUCAUCUACUAGGGCAAUAGUUGGUGGAGGAGCUGCCUCAUCUUCCGCAGCAGAUGCUGAGUCCAGCGUUGAAGGAGUUGAGGUGCCUGCCUGGGAAGAUGUGGAGCGACCAUCACAAGCUGGCAGGUUAAGGGUAUCACCAGGGCGGUUUGUGAAGUUCAACAGCUUGCUAUCCCCGCCACAGAAGUCAAAGCUAGUUUCAAGGUUGUUUGGGGGCCUCUUGAACUUAUCAGAUACACUUCCAGGGGACUUCAGUAAAUUCCUGGUGCAGUCCUACCAGCCAAAGACAUCUGAAAUGGUGUUCCCAGGUAGGGGAAGUAUCCGUGUCGAUGCUGACAGUGUUCAAAGGGUGUUUGAUCUUCCUAAAGGGGUCUAAAAGUCAGUUAUAAAGUUGACAAGGAUACAACUAGGAGAUUCAGAGAGACUUUCAACAUAACUGGAAGUUCUCAUCCCCAGAUUAGUACAUGGACCAAGAUGAUUUCGGAUAUGGGGGGGAGAACGGAUGACACAUUCUUUAUGGCUUGGCUUGCGGUUGCAUUCAACACUUUUCUAGCACCAACCACUGCCCUGAGGCUGAGCCCAAAGUGCUACGGACUCGUGCUAGAUCAUGGAAACCUCAAGAACAUGAAUAUCUGCCUUUUUGUAGUAGAACACAUCAAUGAAGCUUUUCGGAACAUGGACCACGCGAAGCAUGUUAGAGUUAUAAUAUAAGUCAUGUACCCCUUUGUAUUUAUCCUGUUGUAUAAGGGGUUUCCUGCAUAUGUUCCACACCUGUACAUGUAUAUAUAUCGGCCUAUGGCCUCAUGGGAAUACAAGUUGCAUAUUC